UUAAAUACACCUCAUUUUUCGGGGUUUUUGGUUGAAAUCUCAAACUUCCAGGUUUUUUUUCGCAAAUUUUCCCACCACACACUAAUGACCUAACUUCAACCGGCGGUUCUCAAUCUUUCCUUUAUUAUCCUCAUUUUGCUUUAUCUUCUUCAAAGCCGAGAUCUUGUAAGAAGAAAAAAAGAACAAAAAAAAAGAUGACCAAAAACUCGAACGAACUCGAUCCUUAUAUCGAGCGCAAAGCUUUCGACGAGACAAAAGGAGGAGUAAAAGGCCUCGUCGACGCUAAAAUCACUGAAGUUCCUCGAAUCUUCCACAUACCUCAAGAUACCUUAACAGACAAGAAACCAUCUGCCUCUGUAUUAGACCUAGAGAUCCCUACCAUCGACUUUGCAAGCGUUCACGUGGACACGGCAUCACGUGAAGCCGUCGUAGAGAAAGUCAAAUACGCGGCGGAGAAGUGGGGAUUCUUCCAGGUGGUCAAUCAUGGUGUUCCUUUAAACGUUCUUGAAGAGAUCAAAGAUGGAGUUCGCAGGUUUCACGAGGAAGAUCCUGAGGUCAAGAAACGAUACUUCUCGCGUGAUAUCGCCAAUAAAAAUUUUGUCUACAACAGUAAUUUCGAUCUAUACAGUCCUUCGCCGUCUGUUAACUGGAGAGAUACUUUCCAGUGUUACAUAGCUCCAGAUCCUCCAACUCCUGAGGAACUCCCAGUGACUUGCAGGGAUGCUAUGUUCGAAUACUCAAAGCAUGUGCUGAGUUUAGGUGGUCUGCUCUUAGAGCUUCUCUCAGAAGCCCUAGGUUUGAAUUCUGAGAUCCUUAAGAGCAUGGAUUGCUUAAAGAAUUUGCUCAUGGUCUGCCAUUAUUACCCUCCGUGUCCACAACCAGACCUAACUUUGGGGAUAAGUAAACACUCAGACACCUCUUUCCUCACGGUUCUUCUUCAAGACAACAUCGGUGGUCUUCAAGUUCUUCAUCAAGACUCUUGGGUAGAUGUCGCUCCUCUUCCUGGAGCUCUCAUCAUCAACAUCGGAGAUUUCUUGCAGCUGAUAACGAACGAUAAGUUUGUAAGUGUGGAGCAUAGGGUGCUUGCGAAUAGACAAGGACCAAGAAUUUCAGUAGCAAGCUUUUUCAGCUCAAGUAAAGGGCCCGAUUCCACAGUUUAUGGACCGAUGAAAGAGCUUGUGUCUGAAAACAACCCUCCAAAAUAUAGAGACAUAACCUUGAAAGAAUACACAGAAGGAUUCAUUGAGAAAGGUCUCGAUGGAACAUCGCAUCUCUUGAAUUUCAGGAUAUGAAUUCUGUGUGUUUGUUAGCAUCAGUCACUCUGUUCUUGGCUCUUUAAUAAUAAAACCAGUGUACCUAAAGAAAAAUGUGCGUUUCUACGUAAAUGUAAUGAGCUACUCUGUAUUUGGAUCUUUCUACUUUAGCCAAUAAGUAUCCCAUUACGUAGCCAUAAGUGAAUGCAUUGCAUUGAUUU